GGCGAGCCACGAAUGCCUCGCGACGGGCACGUCCGCCCCACCGCCGCCGCGCUCGCGGAUCUUGCGCUCGUCAGCUUCUAGUGUAAACGAGCACAGGUAUUGAAAGAACGCCGCACCGCCCCAGGCAAUGAUAGUCGUCCAGACGAAUGUCCGUCGGCGCCCGUAGUGCUUGAUGAAUUUGGCCACGAGCCAGGGACCGCCGCCCUUGCCGAGGUCGUCGAAGAUGCUAUGAAUUGCCAUCGCCGACGCGCGAGCGCGCGGAUAGGUCACGUUAGCCAAGCACGCGUGGACGAUGAGGCCCACCUGCGAGGCGAGGAGGCCCAGAAAAAACGCGAUGCACAUGAGGCGUGGUAGGUGGUGGUGGUGCGGCGACCGCGGCGUCAUACCAGCUCGGGCAGUUGUGCUUCCCGUUCUGGGGCGCGAUAUCCGACAGGAUCGGCCGGCGGCCCGUCAUGCUCGGUUGUUUGUCCGCGUCGUGCGUCUGGUUGUUGCUGUUUGGCCUGGCGCCGAGUCUCAGCUUCGCCGUCGUCUGCCGCUUCGCGCAUCGCGACGCUCGCGGCGGCGAAUUCGCAAUUGGCGCGCCCCCGCGUCCCCUCGUCCGCGCUACGGCGUCGACGCAAGGCAUCUACACACAGGCCUUCUCGCUGCCGCCGUGGCCCGAGGACAAGAGCCCCUGGCGCUACCUGCUCCGCU